AAAUAUUUUGCUCUGUGUCUAUCUCCUUAUUAGCAGGAUGGAAUACUUCAGCAAUCAUUCAUCUAGUAAUGCUACUUGCUCCUGUGAUACCAACCUUUAUGUGCAAAUCACUGGAUCUAUACUUUUUGUCAUGGUGUGGCCAUUUGUUGUUCUUGAUAUGAAAUGGUUUCCUCUUGGAAGGCCUGCUGCUGCAUUAGUUGGAGCUGCCUUUAUGGUAUUGUUUCAAAUUGUUUCUCAAAGUGAUGUGUAUGCAAUUCAAGGGCAUCAAGAUAAUUUGCAGACAGUGUUUCUCCUGGUUGGGAUGAUGAUGCUGUCUUAUUACUAUGAUCGUGAAGGUAUUCUGAGAGUACUUAUGCUGAAAAUAUUUGGUAAGAACAAGCCAUUCCAAUCAAUAAUCUGGAAAGUUUGCUUGAUGUCUGCUAUCCUCUCUGCAUUCAUUACAAAUGACGCUGCCUGUCUUGUUGUUACACCUCUCAUUCUUACGGAAUUCAUCAAGCAAAAACGUGACCGUUGGGAGCUGCUACCAUUGUGUCUUGGUAUAGCAACAUCAGCCAACAUUGGGAGUGCUGCUACAAUAUUUGGCAAUCCACAGAAUGCUUUCAUAGCUUCAACAGCUAGGGUGUCUUUGCUUGAAUUUUUUAUAGCAGAGCUCCCAGCAGCUAUACUAGGUUUGAUAAUCAAUGUCGUGCUAAUAUACUUGUUUAUGCUAAUUCGUAUGAAAAUGAGAAAAGAAGAAGGGAAUCAUCUAAAUUCUGAGGCUCAAAGUUCUAGGAUUGCAGCACGCUCACGAAAUACUUCUAUUGCCAGUGAAAGAGAAGCUACAGUACAAAGUUAUGAAGACCCUCAAGUUAGGAAUGAAUCUUUAACUCUUUCUAUCUCAGGGGAACAUGAAGCAACAGCAAUGAGCUAUGAUCAGAGUGGUAAUGGAGCUACACAUUUCAAUACAAGUGCUAUUAAUCGCAGUACUAGUAUGCUUGUACAACUGCAGCAAUCUUCUGGUGAAGCAUUACCAGAGGAUGUUCAAGUUAAUGAUUCAGUAAACAAUGAUGAUGAGGACAAAGCACCAGCUGAAAAAACAAGGUUCCAAAUCAUUCGUCGCAAAAUAUUUCUAGUUUGGCUCGUGUUCGUUACACUUCUAAUGGUUGUGUUACUUGCUAUACCUAAUCAAAUUGCCGACUUCAAUCUUGGUUGCAUUCCUUUGGCUGCCAGCAUUUUUACAAUGCUGAUGGACACAAUUCUCAAUCGUAAGUAUGCAUAUGAUGUAAUGGUCAAAAUUGAUUGGACAGUCAUUCUUAUGUUCAUGGGUCUUUUUGUCUGGCUUAGAGGUUUCCAAAACACCUGCUUUCCAAAACACCUGCUUUCCAUUCAUGGCUUUGAGCAUUUAGCUCCUCACAUGAAUCUUAAUACGAUUGAAGGUGUUCUACUAUUUUCUGUCUUUGUCAUCAUUGGUUCUAACAUAUUCAGUAAUGUACCACUAGUGAUAUUGAUUGUUGGUCGUAUAUCUGACCUCUGUGAUGAUUGUGGACCAUUAGGUGGGUUACUCCUUGCCUGGAUUUCUACUAUAGCUGGUAAUUUCACUCUUAUUGGAAGUGUGGCUAAUCUCAUUGUUGCAGAAAAAGCACGAAGCUCAGCCGAGUAUCGUAUUUCAUUUCUUGGUUACUUCAUAUUUGGUUUUCCAUCUACACUGCUGAUAUUGUACGCGUGCCUCCCAGUAGUCUAUUUUAUGGGAAAACUUGCUGCUAAAAUAUAAACUAUUCAUUACAAGAGCUGUUUGAGUGCAUUGCUGAACUGAUUAAUUUGUUUUUAUUGAAUUAAUAUAACUCAUUU